AUGGCAACGCGCAAGGUCCGCUACAAAAAACUCAGCAUAAAAACAGCUCUACCUGUUUUACGUGAGGAUCAGGUCGACCCCAGCGAAUACGAAGCCCUCACAAGCGAAACACAAAUCGCAACCGGUGUCGACCAAGCAGAAGAAAAUGAAUACCAUCUGCAGGUUGUGUUGCAGGGCCCGGCAGCUGCCUCCGAUAAGGAUAUUCCAGUGCCGCCGCCCCAGGAGAGCGACGUCAACUAUGACGCCCUCUACUCUCGUAGCUUCACGCAGCCGGCAAACUAUAUACGCUUCUCGCAGACUGUCGAGGAGUGCAUAGGAUGCCUGUAUGACAUGACAGAAGAGGAUGAGGAGUUUGUGAAAUCAUACAACCAAAAACGACCUGCGAACUCACAGUUGUCCGAGGAUGACUUUGAGCAGAUCAUGGAGGUUUUCGAGGACACUGCAUCCAUUUCAACCCCAUAUGCGUCAGUUGACAAGACGAUUGUGCCAUAUGACCACAUGGUUGCCGGCCUGAACGAGCUUCAGUUGCCGAAAGUCAUGCAUCAUGCGAAAGAGAUCUAUGAAUACUGGAAGUCCCAGAGAGCGGCAGUAGGUGGGCCGUUGCAUCCAGCUCUCAAGUUCGAGACGCACCAGGACUCGGAUGAAAUGGACCCAUUUGUCUGUUUCCGGAGACGCGAGGUUCGGCAGACACGCAAGACCAGAGCACGGGACAUCCAAAGCGCAGACAAGCUCAAGCGGUUACGUCGUGAGCUAGAGGACGGACGACAGCUUGUCAUCCUAGCACACGAGCGAGAGGUCCACAAGCGCGAGCUGCUCCGAGUUGACCGGGCCGUAUAUGAGCAGAGGGCCAAAUUGAAGGAGAUGAAAAUCCGGCUUGGCAUCAAGACGGAUGAUGAAGAUCUCGUCAACCAAAAGCCCCAGAAGAAGAAGGUGCCGGAGCUCUCUAUUGCACAGCGUGCGCCGGGUGCCCAGGUGCGGGCGCCAGUGCGUAGCGACGGACGGCCAACGGAGAUGGACUUGGUGCAGCUGCUCGAUGCUCUUGUAGAGAAGGAGAACGAGCUGCGUGCGGAUGUGAUCAAGAGGAUCGAGAACCACCGGCGGUGGAACGAGAAUCACGUCGACCUUACCUGCGAGCCAUUGGGCCCGGUAAAGGACCAGAAUGUUGGCGCUGGAUUCCGGCCAGUAAAGACGCAGUAUUUGAUGACGCCGCCGGCUUCCGAGACGUCCAACGACGAUGGCACAGAAGCAAUGGAGCUGGACGAGCCGGCGGCGCCGGUUGUAUUCCAGUUCAGAGGCGUACAGCAGGAGGCAGAUGCGGCCGGCCCCCGUCUUCAGUUCCGUCGCCGGAUAGGACGGCUGAACCGGUUGUGGAUUGACCGCAAGAGAAUGCCUACUCCGCCUCGAGAUGUGUCUCCGUAUGGGGAGGAGAUGGAUGUGAACAUGGUGUCUGACCGAUGGAAGUACGACGCGGACGACAGCGACGACGAGCCAGAAGUGUACGAGAUCGACCCGUACGACACCCGUGCCCUCAAGUUCCGUGCAUCGCUUCCGCUGCCGUUUCCAUUCCAGGCGCGGCGACAAGAGCUUCCGGCAAAUGCGGCAGGACGAGCAGGCAGCGCGUCACAACCAGGGCGGCCAGCAGGCCAGGUGCGGCCUCCAGCUGCACAACCAACACCGGCCGCACACAUCUCAGGCACAGCCAAUGGGACGUCGUGA